AUGAAGUCACAAUCAAUUUUAUGGGAAUAUGAAAAAUUUAGGAAAAAACAAUAUCCUUUUGAUGAAAAUACAAUAAAUCAAUUUAAUGAAGACAUAUUAGAUUUUUGGGUGUGGGUUACUCCAACAGCAAAAGAACUUGGAUAUGUUGCUCAACAUAUUUUUGGGGUCUGUGUUAAUGCUGCAUCAUUCAAAAAAGCUAUCAAUAUGAGCAAAUUACAUGCUUCAAUUACAUAUCAACAUAAAGUUAAUGAAGUGGAAGCUAUUCAUAAACAAAAAUCAACAGAAAACAUUGCUGGACCAAUAGAUUUAGAAAUAAGUGAAGAUUCUACAGAUAUCCAAGAAUUAAAUAAUAACAGUGAAGACAAUUUAGAGGAGGAAGAAGAAACGAAUGAUGGAUCUGAUUGGAAUAGAUUAAUUAGUGAAUGGGAAAAUUUGUUACUUCAAGAAGAAGAGGUGGAUUUACUUUCUACAAAUAGUGAAGAUGAUGAAUUUGAAAUAAAUGA